AUGGGAAAUGAAUAACUCAUUAUUGAAAGACAAUUGUAUGCUGUUUGUUGCUUAUUGUUGGCUUUGUAUACAAAAAAUGAACAGAUAAAUUCAGCUUAACAAUUCUAGUUUACUGAAAAAGAUGUAACUGUAUCUCUAAAUAGAUUUUACAAUGUAUGGUAAUUUAUUAAGUUAUCGCCACAAAUUAACUCUUUAGAGGCCUGCAUGUAGAGACAUAAACAUUUAAAUCCAAGAGACAUAUAAUUAAAUAUACCAAACUCAGAGUUUAUAACUUAAUUUUUGGGAUGA